UCCGCAUUAUGACCAUGCUGUGCCUCUGUUGAUCGCCACGAUCGAAACCCUGACGCUCUGGGAAGCAACGUCCGCUCACACUGCAGCGCCAAGCUGACAGUCGACGCCCAUCAUCGCCAUCAUCACCCACCAGGUUGCUGAGGUUCCUGGUCUUCUCCCUCUCGAUUUACGUUCCAGCGCGGCCGUCUCUCGUCAUCAAGGACUCGGACUUACCACACCGAGUCCGCCCCAGUGCCACGCCUCGGCUCACCAUGGUCUUGCUAUGAGGAGCCGCCGACAUGACCACCCCUAUCCACGGAGCCCUGCCGCCGCCCAAGCAAAUUCGCUUUGUGAAUAACCAAGGCCAGCCCCCGUCCAAGCGACGGAGGAUCAAUGCAGCGUGCUUGACAUGCCGUAAGAGGAAAACCAGAUGUGCAGGCGAGAAGCCGGAUUGCUCGACCUGCAAGAAGAAUGGGCAUGUCUGUCUGGGGUACACAGACAUCGUGGAGAGGAGGCGGGACGACCGGCGAGAUGCCGCCUUCCUCAUACUCAAGACCGAACCUGCCGAGCCGCAUACCCUGAGCAAUGGCACCUUGGACGAUUGUUUGGAGGACGACGAUGAGCUGGAACACCGCCGUUGGGGAAGCAAGCCUGCGCCUCUGCCCGCGGGCUUCGUCGAGGACGUCGUGUCCGGGAGCGAUUCGCGUUCCAGCACCACAGUUACACCAGGUCGCCCCUCGGAAGCCAGCGAUGAUUGGAAUCAGGAUACCAAGUCGCAGGGCUCAACUAACGCAACCAGGCGUUCCAAUGCGCCGAGGAAUGUCUCCUACUCGGAGGACAGCCGCAGUUCAAACAACCGCUCACCCGUCCAUCUCGAACGGCACCGGGUGCCCUACUUCCGGUAUUUCGGGCCAACCGCCAUAGUUCCAGGUUUCAAGCAGAUGGUGGUGGCUGUGUACCGAGACAGCAGGCGAAAGAGCCGAAGUAACUCCUUCUCGACAGCCUCUCCAGGGUCACUGUUGAGCCACGGUAAUUCCCGCAGCAACACCUCGCACCACGAAACUGCCUUGGAGACGCUCGAGGAUCUGCCCGUGUACGACGUGAACAGCUCAGGCCCGGUCCAUCCCUUGAUUGUCGAAUUAGUCGAAACCUUUUUUACCUAUCUCGGCUCCAACUACCAUUUUCUGCGCAAGGGUCGCUUCCUAAGCAUGCUAAAGGAGAAGAGGAUCGAACCCAUCCUGGUCGACGCUGUGUGUGCCCUCGCUGCCCGCUUCUCCGACCGCCCCGUCUUCAGGAAUCAGCACGACGGGAAAAUGAAGCGGUCCGAAUACGGCCAUGUGUUUGCGCGGCGGGCAAAGUCUGCCAUCGUCGACACUUUCCCUUGUCCCUCGGUUGCUGCUGUUCAGGCCUGCCUGCUGAUAGCCUACGAGGGAUUUGGCGCCGACCAGGACAGUGCCCUAUGGAUGUACCUCGGCAUUGCCAUCAGGAUGGCCGUGGAUCUCGGUCUCCAGAAGAUGGAGGGUGUCAAGUACCAGGGGGAGCGCGACCCCUGGUACACUCGAUAUUGGAGCCGCAAAAGCACGGAUGAAGACGGCCCUGACAGCAAGGAUAACGACGAAGAGGCCCUGAGCCGGGACGAGCAGAAGGAGGUCGAACAGGAACGCAUCGAUACGUUCUGGGCCAUCUUCGUCCUGGACCGCGUCAUCUCUUCGGGCACCGGUCGGCCUGUCACCUUCCGAGACGACGAUUAUGAACUGUCGCUCCCGCCGCAGGCCUUUGACCCCCUAACCAAAUGCCCUGCUCCGUUUCCUCCUUUUAUUGAACUCAUCCACCUGUACGGCCGUGCCUCUGACGUCCUCAACAAUAUCCGCAAUGCCAACGACCUCACCGAGGAGAAGAUGAACCAGCUUAAGAUUAUGGAAAGAGACCUGACGGCCAUCUACCAGAAGCAGCACAGCCGCCUCCACUUCAACGCCGUCAAUUUCCAGGAACAAGUGAGCGCGAACCAAGGCACCACCUUCAUUCUGCUGCAUUUCUGGUUCCAUGCGCUGGUCAUCAUCCUUCAUCAGCCCACGCUCCUCACUCCGUUCCAUAGCCUGAGGCCGGCACAACUGUUGGCGAACAGCCCUGAGCUAGGGAACAGCCGCGAGCUGUCCAUGUCCAGCGCGAAGACAAUUGCCGAUAUCCUUGCCUUUGCCGAGCUCAUUGACCCCAAGAGCUUGAUUGGCAACCCAUUCACCUCGCAGCCCAUCUACAUCGCUGCUUGCGCCUUCUUGAUGGAGUCGGUUGCCAACACCUCACAACCUCCGUCCCCCAAGGCUUCGCCAACCCCCGAUGUCAAACCGGCUGAUCACUUCAAGUCGCAUGUUGGCAGAUAUAACUCAAACCACGACCCGCGACCCGUGAAGCAUUCCUUGCUUGCAUCCGCUGCCAACCAGAACUACCAACGCUGUUACAAGUCUCUCGAGCAACUGGAGCAGUACUGGGGCGGCGUGCGCUAUAUACUUCACGCCUUGGAUCAAAAGUCAAAGGGCAUCUGGGACUGCGAGACAUUUACCACCGAGGAAUACGAGGCGAUGAUGCUGGCACGGCGAGGUCCCCUGAGUCGGUUGUCUAGGUUCGAGCAUCCCUCCUCGCCCAACGUUCCGCCUAUUGCAUACUCGCUUACCGGCACCACCAAUUCUCCCAACUCCAACCUCACCGUCCUCUUUCAAGGCAGCGUCUCAGCGCAGCCUGGGGCGCCCACCGCUUCCACGACGUCGCUGCCGCCGCAUCCACAGCUGUCGUCUGCCCCAACCUCUGCACCCACUCCGCCGGGCAAUAUGGUCUACGACCCUAUUCGACAGAGCCUCCCCCAAACGCCCUCUCCCUUCCCGCCCGGAUACGUACGACCCAACUUCUCGGCCGUGCGCUUCGAGCCCCAUCCGUCCAAAGCCCACCGGCUCUCCCAGUCGCCUGCGAUGAGCAAGUCGAUGAUGAAAUACGAGUCGCGGUCCCCGGGCGACAUGGAUCAAAGCCCGCACCACGACACCAAGUCGCACCUCUACGGCAUGUCGCGAUCCAACCACGGCCCGCUCCAUCACUCCUACAGUUACCCCGCACAGCAGAACCACUCCCCGUACGGCUCGGUAAACCACGACCGCUCCUCCUCCAGCACGCCAAUCGACUCCGGCGUGGGCCAGCAGCAUCAUCACUCCUCCCACAACAACCAAAGCCAUAUCCAUGCCCACGAUCACCACCGGGACAGCGACAUGGAGCACCACCUCCACCAACAACAACAUCACAAUCAUCACCACCAGCAUCACACCCAGAAUGAGAACAACAGCAAUAACAAUCCUGACGACGGAGGAGACUACGAAGGAGAGGCAGGAGCGGACUUUGCUCAGAGCGGACUCGUCUCGGGCUCGUAUUCGUACAUGGCAACGGCCGGCCUGCCGAUCAACUCGAAUCCGAUCAACAACGACACAAUCACGUUCAACAGCCAGGAGGUCAACUUUGACAUGCUCGGCCUGCACAGCGAGAUGAUGCCGCCUUGGUUGGAGAUUUUGCCCGGAGACGUGCUGGGGGAGUUGUUUGAGGGCGGGAUGGUCGGGGUUGGGGUUGGGGCUGGGGAGCAUAUGGGGUAGGGGAUGUAGGACGGGAGUUUUCUCUUGGUCUGUGGUUGGUCUAUGGGCAGGGAAGAGAGUGGGACGGAGGGUAGGUGGGUGGUUUGUUUGGUUGGGCGCUUGGGCAGGGCCCGGGUCGUGUGAUCGAUGAAUGGGUUUUGGGCAUGGGUGUGACUGGGGUGGGUAAGGUUGGAUGUGAGAUGAGUUUGAUGAUGUGCCGGGUGGUGGAUUGCAAUAUGGUGGUAUUUUGCGGCGUUGUUUACGUUACGUUACGUUUUGGUGUCCGUUUGUCGACGUGUUUCGUGUUUACUCUGCCUUUCCCCAUCUGACGUCUCCUGAUCUAUCUACCUGACGUUGAU